AUGGCGGACUCGCAGUUGCUGCUCAAGCGCGGUCCUUUUCGCUCCACGUGGCUGCGUGCCCGCAAAACUCGGACACAGCUCGUUCUUAGCCGCCGGCCCCGCCGCCGGCUCGGGACCCUGCGCUGGUGCGGCCGGAGGCGCCUGCGGCGGCGGCUGCUGCAAGCCCAGGCAGCCGGCGCGGACUGGCGGGAGAGCGGCUGCCUGGUGCCGCGCGCGGCGACCCGGAGGCCCAAGACCGCGGCCCCGAGCCCGGCUCCGGCCGCAGCCCCCGCCCCGAGUGGCCCCGCGAGCCUCCCCAUCCCGCCGGUGCGGCCGGCCGGCCCGGGCCGCGCGUUGGUGCUGCUGCCGCUCGAGCAGGGUUUUACUUUUAGUGGGAUCUGUCGUGUGACUUGCCUCUAUGGCCAAGUGCAGGUGUUUGGUUUUGCCAUCAGCCAAGGCCAGCCUCCCCAAGAUGUCUUUUCUACCUACACCCACUCUCGAUUGACUAUCAAUGCAGUUCAUUAUUCCAUGCCUGAGAAAAGCAAGAAGGAGAUGAAAAGGGAAGCCCGAGCUUUGCUCAGAUCUCAUCUUAAUCGGGAUGACAGAUGUUGGUUGAUGAAGAAUUUUUCUCCUCUAUGUUCCAUUGUGAUGCUAGAACAACUGAAAACCUCCACUGUGAACUUCUUAGUCAGCCAUCCAGGUUUAUCUUACGUUUUCGUACAAGAGAGUCCAACCUUCCAGAUUAACUCUGAACAUUUAGCCCUGAGGUCUGUUGGCAUUAGAAGAGAGAAGAAGAAAAACGGCCUUCGUUUGACAGAGAGUGCCUUGUCGGCCAUGGAGGAGUUGGUCACCGUGUCCUGUGAAGAAGUAGACGGCUGCCCUGUCAUUCUUGUUUGUGGCUCUCAAGACGUCGGAAAGUCAACAUUUAAUAGGUACCUCAUUAACCAGUUGUUAAAUAGUAUUUCCUGCGUUGACUAUUUGGAAUGUGAUCUGGGACAGACAGAAUUUACGCCUCCAGGUUGCAUUUCUUUACUUAAUAUUACAGAGCCAGUUCUAGGACCACCUUUCACCCACCAGAGGACACCACAGAAAAUGGUAUAUUAUGGGAAACCUUCUUGUAAAAACAACUAUGAAAAUUAUAUUGAGAUAAUAAAGUAUGUGUUCAGCUCCUACAAGAAAGAGUCCCCUCUCAUCGUCAACACAAUGGGCUGGGUGUCAGACAAAGGGCUUUUGCUUCUCAUCGAUCUCAUCCGGUUGCUGUCUCCCAGCCACGUCGUGCAGUUCAGUUCUGGCCGGAGUAAAUACAUGCCAAACCUGACCCCUGACUAUGUGGACGAUAUGGACGGCCUGUACACCAAGAGCAAGUCCAGAGUCAGAGACAGAGGUUUCCAACUGGCAGAGUUUACAGAGAGUUUGGAAUUUGCUGAUGAAGAAAAGGAGAGUCCAGUUGUGUUCACUGGACAUAAGCUGAUAUGCGUCCAGUCGGACUUUGCGUUUAGGAAAACUCCGAGAAACAGAGAGUCGCAUAACAAAGUUCUUCGAGAUUUGGCGGUACUAGGUUACCUCGGCCAGCUGCAGCCUCCAGUGCCAAAACCACUUUGUCCUUUACACGGUCUCACACCCUAUCAGGUCCCUUUCAAUGCGGUUGCACUCCGGAUUAUUCAUGCUGAUGUCGCUCCUACCCAUAUAUUAUACGCUGUGAAUGCCAGCUGGGUUGGUCUUUGCAAGAUCCUGGAUGAUGUCAGAGGAUACGCAAAUGGUCCCAUCCUACUCGCCCAGACUCCAAUCUGUGAUUGUUUGGGGUUUGGAAUUUGUAGAGGGAUCGACAUGGAGAAGAGGCUUUACCACAUCCUCACUCCUGUGCCCCCGGAGGAGCUAAGAAAUGUGAAUUGUCUGCUGGUCGGAGCCAUUUCCAUUCCACAGUGUGUCUUCAAGAGCCAACAUGGGCUCGAAGGGACAAUACCUUACAUCACCACAGAUUAUAACUUUAAACUUCCUGGAGCAUCAGAGAAAAUUGGAGCAAGAGAAACCGAGGAGACACGUGAAGAGAAAGUACACCCAAAACCCAAACUCUAUCGAAAGAUAAACUGAUACUGACGUCAUAGUAAGGGAAGGAGCUUUUACCGGAAAACUGGACUCCGUCUCCAGCCUGAAGUCAGACUGAUGGCGAUGGCAGGGAAUGGUGCACUUACAUUGCAGUGUUUCUUGUGUAACUCGUGGAUCUAGAGUCAGUUUAACUCUUUUGAAAGCUCCAUGACCUAGAGUUUUGCCCUAGUGUUCUGUAUGCUUCUUCAUACUUACUGUUUUAUUUUCUAAAGGGUUAAAGCUUCAGGGAGAAGUUUGUACACCAUUAAAACAGAGAGAACACUGUUGAUUCCUCACAAAGCUCUUCAAAGACCUGGUUGUUGGAAUCUGAAUAAAAAUAGGGAAACUGGGGCCACAAAAAUCUACCAAAGAGGAAGGAGGGCUGGCCAGCGGGCUCGCGAGCAUAACAGGAUGUGGGGGCUCCCCUGGUCCUCGCCCAUCAAUGACAGACAGGCAGGAGGUCCCAGCAGCAGGGUCUGCCUGUGGUCGGUCACUGCCGGGGGUCAUGCUCAUCCCUUGCUUAUCUGAUGCCGUCCACACACACUUUCAUUCCCAUGGUCCAGUGUUCAAAGAUCACGUUCGGUCUAUUCAGUGUAAUCAAGGUUUCAUAGAUAAAACGUUUGGACUCAAGAGCCAUUCGUUUUUUGGGUUUUUUUCCAUCUGAUGACUUUAUGCUAAAAGAAUUGCUCUCAAAUCCAGGAAACCUUUCCUGUGGUCUCUUUAGAAUGAGCUCUGUCCUAAUUGACUUCUCACCUGAGACCAAGGAC